CACAUGAGUUAUAGAUCUACACACGAGAUUAAAGAAUCCACGGCGGUUGAGGGAAGUUUGUUGUCAGGUGGCGUUACUCCUUCACGAACCCGAACCUCGUCCCGGAACCAGCAGCUGUAUUCUGAACCGGGCGGACAGGAGAACAUGAGCUUCUUAUUUGGGAAUCGUUCGUCUAAGACAUUUAAACCGAAGAAGAAUAUUCCGGAAGGAUCUCACCAGUAUGAGCUGCUCAAACACGCUGAAGCCACACUGGGCAGCGGGAACCUGCGUAUGGCUGUCAUGCUUCCAGACGGAGAAGAUCUGAAUGAAUGGGUGGCCGUCAACACGGUGGAUUUCUUUAAUCAAAUAAACAUGCUGUACGGCACCAUCACAGAUUUCUGCUCGGAGGAUAGCUGUCCCGUCAUGUCAGCCGGACCGAAAUACGAGUAUCAUUGGGCAGAUGGGACCAACAUUAAAAAGCCAAUAAAGUGCUCUGCUCCCAAGUACAUUGAUUAUCUGAUGACAUGGGUUCAAGACCAAUUGGACGACGAGACCCUGUUUCCUUCUAAAAUAGGUGUUCCUUUCCGAAAGAACUUCAUGUCAGUGGCUAAGACCAUUCUGAAGCGUUUGUUCAGAGUUUAUGCUCAUAUUUAUCAUCAACACUUUGAUGCAGUUAUGCAGCUGCAGGAGGAAGCCCACCUCAACACGUCGUUCAAACACUUCAUCUUCUUUGUACAGGAGUUUAACUUGAUCGACCGCAAGGAGUUGGCACCCCUUCAGGAUCUGAUUGAGAAACUAACAACUAAAGACAGAUAAACAUAGAAAAGUAGAGAAGGAGAGGCAAGUAAUGAAGAAAAUACAGUGAUCUAACUCCGUCUUGUAACAACCCAUCUGUCUUUUGUUUUGUACAGAUGAUUUUUACUGUAGCACCAAAGCACAUGCUUAGCGAACCUUAGUAGAAAUACAGGAUCAGCACAAUACUAACACAUAAAGGGAUCAAGCUUGUUAAGGUAACAUGGCUUAUAGUAUAUUUAGAUUGGUUUUUUACUCCUUGAUUGCAGUUUUUGAAAACCUGAUGCCUGGUUGAAAUAGUUACUACUACUUAUUCACAUUGUUAGUUUAGUAAGUGGUCAUUGAAAGAGUGAGAUUUAACCCAAGAGCAUCCUGCUUAAUAUGUACUACAACGAUUCCAUGUGUUAGCAUGGUGCCUGUAUCGCGUAAAGCAGUGAAUAGGGGAAUGUUUUAAAGGGUUUUUUGAUUCUUCAAUGCCGUAUUACUGACAGCAAAAGGAUGCAGUUUAAUAGUCUAAGUCUAUUUUCCUAUGCAAUGAUUAGGUUGUUUGUUCUUACUGACGUUGUUUAUAGUUUAUAUCAUGUACUUUUACUGAGCUUGUUUCUCCAUUUAUAUAUUUCUGAUCUUUGGUAUUGAUUACUGUUUUUACUGAGAUUACAGUGAAGCACUUACAAUUGAAGUGAAUGGGGCCAAUUUUUGGAGGAUUUAAAGGCAGAAAUUUGAAGCUUAUAAUUUUAUAAAAGCACUUAACAUUAAUUCUUCUGUUAAAACUCGUGUAUUAUUUGAGCUGUAAAGUUGUUUAAAUCAUCAUUUUUAUGGUUGUUUUGGGUCGGCAUCGCAGCAAAGUUGUAAAAUUGGAUAUAACUUUACACAGAAAACGUUAGUAAGCAAUUUUAUCACACUAAAAUCAUGUAAACACACAUAUUGUUUACAUCUUGUGGCUUUACUUUUGAAACAGUGAGUAUUUUAACGUUUACCGAUUGGCCCCAUUCACUUCCAUUGUAAGUGCAUUACUGGAAUCCAGAUUUUUGCCUUUUUAAGAAAAGGAGGGACGAGUCGAAAUGUAUUUCUGUGGCAGCCACAAAUGCUGUCGAUUCAGCAUAACUUGUAUUGAACCCGGAAUAUUCCUUUAAGGGUUAUGAUAUUUGUCAGGUUUGGAAUACUGAAGCUGAAAUAUUCACUCAAAAAAUAUUUUAGCCUAUUUUUAAGAAGUUUGCAAAUAGCAAAUUUAAUUUUGUAUUUUUAAAAUAACAUUAAUAAAGCUUAAAAUAUUUAGUUUUUUUCUUUGUUUUGUUUUAUUUUGUUAAAGAUUACUCAAUUCAAUUUAAUGGAAUUUUGUGUUCUUAAAUCUUAAAAAUAGGCCAAAAUUUUUUUGGGAGUGUUGUUGAUGAAAUGCAUGCUGGAAUCGCUACUUUGUUGAACCCAGAUAGCUUCUGGAAAUACUGGCCUUGAUUUUAUUAAGUUGCUUGUGCUUAUUUUAUAUCUUAUGCUGUGGGUCAAAGAGACAUUAUGAAAUGAAUGAAAACAGUUUUGCUGAAGCCACUCCAACUAGUUGAGUUAAUCAUUUUAAGUUGUUUUAUGUUUUGUUUUUCUUACUGAAUAGGGUUAAUCUGUGCUCUAAUAUUAAAACCCAUUUUAUUAUUAUAAAGUUAAGUUGCAUGAUAUCCAUUCGAACUGUAUUUAUAAUGUAAUUCAUUCAGCAGUCUGAAAUGUAUGUUUGCGAAUUUAGCUUUUGUCUUAUUAGUUGUUUAUAUAUAAGAUUUUGAGAAAUGUUUGGCAUUUGGUUCAGAAAUUAAUGACUGUGGAAAUUUUUCUCUACCUCCAUUUCAACCGUUUUUCUGUCUUAAGCUGUAGAACAAAUUUUUUUUUUUUUUUUUUCCAGGUCUAUUUGAAAUCCUCUUAAGUUUAUUUGCAUUUGUUGUCCUUAAUCACAUUGUUUCACAAAUGUAAUGCUUUUAUUAAUAAUGGUUUGGACUGUGCUUUAGACUAGUAUAAAGUGCCAACCACUGAUUUAUAUUGGACAAUAUUUAUAGAACUUUUUAUCACUGGAACAAUAAUAUAUUUUCCCUGAAUUGUGUAAUAAUUAGGUUAUUCCUAGAUAAGAUGUAAAUAUGUGCAAAUGAGUCAACCAUUAUUAUUUCCUGAUAUUUUACAUCAAUAAAACAAUAUCUCUAACUGAUGUUGUAAUUGUUAUUUUAGCUGUACAUGAAGCAAAUAAAACCCUUCUCAUAACA